UCGAGGAAGAGGCAUGUCACGGAAGAGGACGUUGUUUUGAAAUGAUUAUAGACUUAUUUGUAAUUAUUGUAUGUGUCUAUACGACUAGUCAGACAUGUUUAUUUAAGAAGACGAACUUUAAAGCGCGGUUCACUUUAAUUUAGCGUACUAACCGUACGGUUUGAAUUGUCCUGUUAAAAUGCAUUGCUAAUUUACAGUCGCACACACUUAUUUGUCAAUUUCUACACUUGUAAAAGUUUAAAGAUGGCUUCUGUUAGCCAUUUAGUGUACAGUAGGUGGUUGUUUCAUCUUAGUAAAUCAACAUCAGUUUCCAGGCAUAGCAGCCAGUCAAGACUGUUCAGUACCUCAAGUAGAUGCAGGACUAUUAUGCCAGCCUGGGUUAUUGAUAAAUAUGGAAGCAAUGAUGUUUUACGGUUCACUAAAAAUGCCAGUUUCCCAGUCAUCAACUACCCCAAUGAGGUUAUUGUUAAAGUGUUUGCAGCAGGACUGAACCCGCUUGAUGUCAGCAUGAGGGGUGGCUAUGGCGCAGCUACACUGUCUAUGAAGAGAGACCCUCUGAAUAUCACACAGUCAGGCAGCGAGUUCCCUCUCAUCCUGGGAAGGGACGUGUCUGGGGUCAUCAUGGAGUGUGGCUUGGAUGUGAAGUACUUCAGCGAAAGGGAUGAGGUUUGGGCAGCAAUCCCACCAUGGAAGCAGGGCAGCUUUGCUGAGUUUGUGGUGCUUAGUGCCAAUGAGGUAUCCCAUAAACCAAAGUCACUGAGCCACACAGAGGCAGCAGCCAUCCCAUAUGUGGCAACCACUGCCUGGUCAGCAUUGGUCAACACUGGUGGGCUCAGCAAGGACAACUGUGCCAAGAAGCGGAUUUUAAUCCUUGGAGGAUCUGGGGGAGUGGGAACAUUUGCUAUUCAGAUGCUGAAGGCAUGGGGAGCCCAUGUGACUGUUACCUGCUCCCAGAAUGCAGAGCAGUUUGUAAGAGCGCUGGGGGCGGACCAUGUAGUGGACUACACUGCUGGACCUGUUGAGGAGCCACUCAGUACGCUGGAGAAAUUUGACCUGAUCCUGGAUAAUGUUGGGGGGGGGACGGAGCGCUGGGCACUGAAUCUGCUUAAGCCUUGGAGCGGCGCCAAAUAUGUCACCCUGGUAACGCCUUUCCUCCAGAACACUGACAGGCUGGGUAUUGCUGAUGGUAUGAUGCAGACUGCUGCUACAGUGGCCACCAAGGCCCUCAAGCACCUUGCUAAAGGAGUUCACUACCGUUGGGGAUUCUUUGCACCAAGUGGUCCUGCAUUGGAUGAAAUUAGGGAAAUGGUGGAUGCAGGACAGAUCCGGGCCGUGGUGGAGGAAACUUUCAGCUUCUCCCAGGUUCCCCAGGCUUUGGAGAAGGUGGAGAAAGGUCACGCCCGAGGAAAGACUGUGGUCGAGAUCAGCAAAGGGGGAGAUGACUUAUAGCAUUGACUCCUGGAUACUGUGCGCAACUAUGAAACAAAUGAGAUUAAUGAAAAUAAUUUGAACUCAAAGUUUAUUGUAUCUCUGGCUGGAAACAUGGUACAUAAACA